CCUUCGCCACCACAAUUCCACAAAGAGACCUCGCGCCCCACCAGUCUAAUCUCCCGCGGGCGGGCAGAUAACGGCUCGCGGUACGGAAAGGGCGAGAGAGGGGGAGCGGAGAGCACCAGUCCACCGAGAGGCGCGGAGCAGGAGGGCACACAUGGAACUGGAGGAGGCGGUGCCGCCGGCCGCGAUGGUGGGGGAGGACAACGCGGCGGCGCCGACCCAAGACUUUGGGCUCCCCGCUGAGCUGAUAGCCGUGCUGCCAUCGGACCCGUUCGCUCAGCUGGACGUAGCGCGCAAGAUCACCUCCAUCGCGCUCUCGCACCGCCUCGGCCUCCUCGAGGCCGAAGCAGCGCGCCUGCGCUCGCAGCUCGCCGAACGCGACGCCGAGGCCGAGGACCUCCGGGAGCACGUCGAGCAGCUCGACGCCGCGCUCGCCGUCGCCACCGGCCGCCUCCGCCACGCCGAGGAGGAAAAGGACGCACUGCAGCGGGACAACUCUGAGCUGUCCAACACCGUUAGGAAGUUGAACAGAGAUGUCGCCAAGUUGGAAGUUUUCAAGAAGACACUUGUGCAGUCACUCCAGGAAGAUGACAGCAGUGAUAAUACUGCUCCCAGGGAAAGAGCUGCAGCAGCUUCAAAUUUCUCCUCUGCACCAUCAGAUGAAGAUUCUGCAUUUUCGACUUCCAAAUCAUCACAGGUUUCAGAAACCGCAAGUUCAGUUUCAGAGGAAAAUAACCAAGUUGACCCAGAUGCACCUAGGCGGCCACCCCGGCCACAUGUAUUUUUGCAAUCAUACAACAGCACACCGAGGAUGACUCCCCCAGACUCACCUCCAAGGCGUUUUGCAUCGGUAUCACCGCCAAGGCGACAUUCAAUCUCUGUUACAUCGAUGAAUAUGUUUAAUGACAGGUCCUCAGGCUUUUCUGGUCAGCAUAGCUCUCCAUUUGACGCUCCAAGUCAAACAGGACGAACAAGAGUUGAUGGAAAGGAGUUCUUUCGUCAGGUCAGAAAUAGAUUAUCUUAUGAGCAGUUUGGUGCAUUCCUGGCUAAUGUGAAGGAGCUGAACGCACAUAGGCAGACCAGAGAGGAUACCUUAAGACAAGCUUAUGAGAUCUUCGGUCCUGAAAACAAGGACCUGUUCACCAUUUUUGAGGGCCUAAUAAGUCGCAAUAUUCGCUAGUCUCAUUACCCAUCGUUACUAGUGAUUCAAGUUUUACCGGUAUAUUGUUAUUACGAUAUUCAUCACUGUUUGUAUUUGAAGUCUGUGGUCUGUUACGGAUUCUUGGUAUAUAGUAGUUCUAUGGUUCAUCUUUUCAUGCUUAUGUCCAUGUAGAAUGGGUUUGUCUGGAAGCUACAAUUUAUAUUCCAAUACAAAUGGAAGCUAAAAUUGUACGUACC